CCCAACGGGCUCUAUAUAUGGGAUGCCCAUUGCUUCUUAUUGUUCGUUGUGAGUAUUUGUUUGAAUUUGAUAUAUUACCAUUUUUUGUGUUCAGGGGAGACUGAGGUACCUUGUUAGAUUUUUGAGUUCUUUUGCUCUGUUUGUUUGGGGACUCGUAGAUGACUGACUUUGUUUGUUAAAUGAUUGCUUAAAGACUAGGCAGGAAGCCUUUAAAUUCGGCUAAGCCCAAUAGCUUUAGCUCAAAUCCUGUAUUUGUAUUAUUUAAUUCAUUCUAUAUGUAUAGAUAAUCUAUUCAAAGUCCAGUAAGCAAAAAAGGACUAAUUGUCGUUCAAAAUCCAUAAACUAAAAAUCUUGGCUCCACCUCUGCAUGUACUACCAUAAAAUUUGAGAGGAAGAUUUUAGUGCAGUUAUUGUUGUUAUAAGAAAGUCUCGGCUGAGACUGAUAAAUGACAUGUUGAGCUGAAUUUUUAGAAUAAGCUUAUAGAAUUGACUAAAUUUGCAAGAAGAUUGAUGGCUAUUGUCAAAGAUGAAAGCUUAUAGGAAAGCGAAAAUAUACAUUUGUCUAUUAAGAUGAUCAGUGCCAAUUGAAAACCGUUAACAUGGAGCUAAUGCUGCAUAUUUUAACGCUCGUGGAAUAGGAUGAUUCCUUUUUUGAAGGUUAUGGGUGAUUCAUUUUUCUCUCACGAAUGAAUCCUUUGACUAGCGUUUUGUGCAUGUUACAUGUGAAGAUAUGUGUGUUUAUAUUCCAACCAUAGUAUCUCCAUUGAUGAAUGCAUAACAGUGGCCAAGCAAAUUAUUUUUCUCAAUCUGUUUGUUUUAUGGAUAUUACUCAUUAACAAACAGUUAAAUGGGAAUCUUUCUUCUGGUUGCCAAUCUUUGUUGCACAUAUGGCAUCUUACUUGCUACUAUAUAAAUGUGAUGCUUGUUGGUAAAUCAAAUAUACUAACUUAAGUGGUGGGUAUGAGAAGAGUUAGAGGUAGAGGUAGACUGAGAAGUAUUAGGGAGAGGUGAUUAGACAGGAUAUGACAUACUUGCAGCUUACCGAGGACAUGUGUCUAGAUAGGAUGGUAUGAAGGGCAAGGAUUCAGGUAGCAGCUUCCGGAGCCUCUAGGAUUCCCAGCAGAACCAGCCAUUCUUCUGUUCUUUCAAGUCUAAGUAUUCCAUCUUAUAGUCGGAAAAGCAGCGCUGAUACUCUUUCUACUCCAAGAUCUGAAGGCGAGAUUUUGUUUUCUCCCAAUGUUAAGUCCUUCUCAUUUAACGAAUUGAAAAGUGCAACAAGGAACUUUAGACCUGACAGUCUUCUUGGCGAAGGAGGAUUUGGUUAUGUUUUCAAAGGAUGGAUUGAUGAACAUACUCUUACUGCUGCAAAGCCUGGUUCUGGAAUGGUCAUUGCGGUCAAGAAAUUGAAGCCAGAGGGUUUUCAGGGUCACAAGGAGUGGGUGACUGAAGUUAAUUACCUUGGCCAACUUCGUCAUCCAAAUCUGGUUAAACUCAUUGGCUAUUGUAUAGAGGGAGAUGAUCGGCUUUUGGUGUAUGAGUUCAUGCCUAAAGGAAGCUUGGAGAAUCAUUUAUUUCGAAGAGGGCCUCAACCUCUUACUUGGUUGACAAGAAUUAAGGUGGCUAUUGGUGCUGCUAGAGGCCUUGCUUUCCUACAUGAUGCUAAAGAACAAGUUAUAUAUCGGGAUUUUAAGGCUUCUAAUAUUCUCUUAGACGGGGAAUUUAAUGCAAAGUUGUCUGAUUUUGGUUUAGCCAAGGCCGGCCCAACUGGUGAUCGCACUCAUGUGUCCACUCAAGUCAUCGGUACUCAGGGCUAUGCUGCUCCAGAAUAUGUUGCUACAGGUCGAUUGACAUCAAAAAGUGAUGUAUACAGCUUCGGGGUUGUAUUGCUUGAACUUUUAUCAGGGCGUCGUGCUCUCGAUAAAAUGAAGGUUGGCGUAGAGCAGAAUCUUGUGGAUUGGGCAAAGCCAUAUCUUGGGGACAAGAGGAGGUUGUUCCGAAUCAUGGACACUAAACUAGAGGGACAGUAUCCUCAGAAAGGAGCAUAUACAGCUGCUAACCUUGCUUGGCAGUGUCUAAGCAACGAGCCUAAGCUAAGGCCGCGGAUGUCUGAAGUUUUGGCUGCUCUUGAACAGCUUCAAGCACCGAAAGGCGUUAACAAAAUAUCUCAGAUUGAGCAUCGAGCCACUUCUAGCUCAGUUCCAGCUUCUCCAUUUAAACACCGUUCAUCACUCAGCGUGACACCCUCUGCGUCUCCAUUAAAGGCCUAUCAUAAGUCGCCACGCGGAAGGUGACUCCAGGAAAAUAAACUUAUAUUUUGUUGUCAUUGUAAAGUUUUCCUAUAUGUAACCAAUUUUGUUGUCUAGAUGCAUUGAUAUGUAGAAUCAACAGAUUGUUUCAACGUAAAAUGUUGGAAAUAUCACUCUGUAACCUAUUGAUUGAUGAGUUAGCUCUUCUGCUCGUUGGGUACAAUUAGUCAUGUUUUCACAUAAUGGGUUUUUUUCUUCUUCUUGAA